AUGGGAUCCGUCGUUCUGCCCCAUUUGCGCACUGCAUGGCACGUGGAUCAAGCUAUUCUCUCGGAAGAAGACCGACUAGUGGUUAUCCGAUUCGGUCGGGAUCAUGAUGUUGACUGUAUGCGCCAAGACGAAGUCCUCUUCAAGCUCGCCGAGCGAGUAAAGAACUUUGCCGUAAUCUACCUCUGCGAUAUCGACGAGGUGCCCGAGUUCAACACCAUGUAUGAACUGUUCGAUCCAAUGACCAUCAUGUUCUUCUUCCGGAACAAACACAUCAUGUGUGAUUUCGGAACUGGUAACAACAACAAGUUGAACUGGGUCCUUGAGGAUAAGCAAGAGUUAAUCGAUAUCAUCGAAACGAUCUACAAGGGCGCCAGGAAAGGACGCGGUCUUGUUGUUAGUCCCAAGGCUAUUAUUUGGGUAAUUGUGUUAACUUGCUCCCUUAACACGAAUCGGGCGCGAUUUACCAGGCGGUGGCAAGGCCUGUUGUUAUUGCGGGUGGUGGCCAAAUCAAGUAAUACGCUAGCCCAAUAUGGAUUAAGGGCCCCGCGGCCUGUCGUUAUUGCGACCCGGCCUGUUGCUUUAGUUCGAGUUCGACCCCCCUCAGGCACCCGGGCCCCACAACCACGAUGGAUCUUCUUCAUUGACAUCAACACCGCCGCCGCAGCAACCAACAUCCAGAACAAGCUCCUACCACAAAUAGAACCAUUGCACACCAACAAGAUGAUCGACCGCGCUAUCUUCGAGAGUCUCCAGACCAAGAUUGACGAAGAGGCGGCCGUUAGAGAUGAGCUCCGUGAUAUCGUGCAGAGUCUCUCCAGAAAGGGCUGCUCCACCCAAGCUGCCCUCUCGCGCGCGCACUCCACGCCCGCAGCGCAGUUGCAACCCGUCCUCGAAGACUCAACAAAGGAGAUCCUCGCGCAGAAAGAGGAGAUCCUGCGCCUGAAGAGCGUGGCCGACAAGCACUCAUUCUACAAGUACAACGGGGUGUGGUCGCGCGAUCUCCAGGAUCUUGUUGCGUCCAUCGAGCUAUGCGCGUGGCUGGGCGGGUUCCAGGAGUACAAGGGCUCCGAGUCGGCUUCGUUCUUGACGAUGGAGGAGGUUGGGAAGUUGCUUGAAAUCCCCGUGAAUCUCAUAGAAGAGGACAAGUUCCACCUCACGCUUGAAGAGUACCUCCUGGGAAUGAUCUCCAUGAUUGAAGAGCUGGCCCGUCUUGCCGUUAACGCGGUUACGCUUGGUGACUACGGCCGUCCCGCGGUAAUUGGCAGCUUCAUCAAGGAGCUGUUCAAUGGUUUCCAGCUCCUGAAUCUGAAGAAUGAUAUCCUGCGUAAGAGGAGUGAUACCAUUAAGUACAAUGUCAAGAAGGUGGAGGAUGUGGUUUACGAUCUCUCGCUGCGAAACCUGAUCCCCAAAGGCCAGGACGCCUAA